AUGUGGUCUCCAUCAUUUGUUGCAGCUCUUCUACUGCUACUGACGCCUGCAGCACACACUCUUAAAACGGGCGACUGGAAAACAUGCUCCCAGUCAGGAUUUUGUCGUCGAGGUCGCGCGCUUUCUGCACGAGCACAGGAUGCAGCAGACGUGUGGAAGUCCCCGUAUUCUGUGAUCCCUUCGUCCGUCGCUGUGGCUUCAAAUCUGGCGUCUUUCACUGCGGCCGUCAAGUCUUCGAUUUACCCAGAAAUAAACUUUGAGCUGGAUGUGCGAGUGCACAAGGACGGGGUAGUGAGGGUGCGAAUGGACGAAGUAGGCGGUUUGCGAAAAAGGUACGACGAGGCAGCGUCAUGGGCGCUUGUACAAGAGCCAGAAAUCAGUCGAGCAAUCCAAUGGUCAGUAGGCAAGCAGGAAAUCAAGGCGAAAUACGGCGAGAAGAAGGAUGUGGAAGUAACUGUCGAGUAUAACCCUCUGAAAGUUACAUUGUCGCGAAAUGGCAAAGAGGAAGUUGUAUUGAACGGCCGUGGUUUACUGCACAUGGAGCACUUCAGGACAAAAGCCUCUGGAGAUGACAAACCUGUAGAAGGAUCUGAGGGAGAUGCACAGGCUGUCAUGCAAACUAAUCCUGCAGCCUGGUUUGAAGGCGAUACUGAAGACGCCUGGUGGGAGGAGACAUUCUCUUCGUGGACCGACUCUAAGCCCAAGGGACCUGAGUCCCUUUCCAUUGACAUCAAUUUCCCGAGGCACGGUCACGUAUAUGGUAUUCCUCAGCAUGCGACCAGCCUUUCUCUGCCCACCACAACUGGACCUUCUGCUACAUUCACUGAUCCAUACCGCUUGUAUAAUGCUGAUGUAUUCGAGUACCUCGCAUCCUCGUCCAUGUCGCUCUAUGGUUCCAUCCCUCUUAUGCACGCACACUCAGCCGAAUCAACUGUUGCUGUCUUCAAUGCCGUCGGAUCUGAAACGUGGAUUGACAUAGGGCGCUCGAACGACCGCUCUACAGAGACACAUUGGGUAUCAGAGUCUGGAAUCCUUGACGUGUUUAUCUUGCCCGGUCCUACUCCUGAAGAAGUGUUCGCACAAUACGCGCGACUAACUGGAACGCCUGCGCUUCCCGCUCAUUGGUCUCUCGCUUAUCACCAGUGCCGAUGGAACUACGUGAGCUCUGACGAUGUUCGUGGAGUACAGAAAAGGUUCGAUGAAGAAGAUAUUCCAGUGGAUGUCUUUUGGCUUGACAUCGAAUAUGCUGAAGAACAUAAGUACUUUAUUUGGGAUAAGAAAACUUUCCCGGAUCCCGUGGAAAUGACUAAUGACGUGGAUGCAUUAGAAAGAAAGAUGGUCGUUAUCAUCGACCCUCAUUUAAAGCGUACCUCUUCGUACCCUGUUUAUCAGAAAGCAUCCGAGCUCGCCGUGCUUGUCAAACCUAAGAGUGGAGAGGGUGAGUAUGAAGGUUGGUGCUGGAGUGGAAGCUCUUCUUGGAUAGAUGGUUUCAACCCCGCUAGCUGGGAAUUCUGGAAAGGGCUCUUCAAAACCAAGUCUAUCGACGGUCAAUGGUCCUGGACGGAGAGCACAGACGCCGUGCAUAUAUGGAAUGACAUGAACGAACCAUCUGUGUUCAACGGUCCAGAAAUAACUAUGCCGAAGGACAACGUACAUUACGGAGGUUGGGAACACCGAGAUGUUCACAACAUCAAUGGCAUGCUCUUCACAAACAUGACAUACCAAGCUGUUGCUGCGCGUUCUGACCCGCCCAAGCGGCCAUUUGUCUUAACACGGUCCUUCUACGCAGGUUCUCAGCGCUUUGGUGCUAUGUGGACGGGUGACAACCUCGGGACAUGGGAGCACAUGACCGUUAAUCUUAAGAUGGCCCUUGCCAACGGUAUCGGUGGUAUGACCUUUGGAGGCUCGGAUGUUGGAGGCUUCUUCGGUAAUCCUGAGCCUGAGAUGCUCGUACGAUGGUAUGCUAUUGGUAUCUUUUCGCCCUUCUUCCGGGCGCAUGCACACAUCGACACGAAGCGUCGUGAGCCCUACCUUUUGGAUGAACCAUACAAAUCAAUCCUGCGCGACACCAUCCGUCUUAGGUACGCGAUGCUCCCAAUGUGGUAUACAGCGUUUAGGGAAGCGACAGUUACUGGUAUCCCCAUCCUAAGACCUCAGUAUGUCGUGUUCCCCAAGGAUGAAGCCGGCUUCGCCAUCGAUGACCAGUUCUACGUUGGAGCAUCUGGUUUACUUGUGAAGCCAGUUACUGAAAAGGGGGCCACUGAAGCAUCGAUAUACCUGGCUGAAGAUCAGGUCUACUAUGACUACUUCGCACACUAUGCUCACCAAGGCUCGGUAAAAGGUAAAUAUGUCACAGUACCCGCAGCAUUGCACCAGAUCCCUCUCCUUGUUCGUGGCGGGUCUAUCAUUCCCACAAGGGAACGGCACCGACGUUCAUCCCCACUGAUGAAGUAUGAUCCAUUCACACUUCGCGUCGCUCUUGACAAAGUCGGUUCUGCCCGCGGCGAACUUUACCUUGAUGAUGGAGAAACAUACUCCCACCAGGAUGGUGAAAUCGUGUGGCGCGAGUUCACCGCUGAAACAGAAAAGAAAAGCAAAGUAUUGCGCGUUAGUAGCAAGGACUUGGCCUUGGAGAAACCCCAGGAAGCUGUGGAAGGUAACGCGCUUGCGCACUUCGACCCUGCGAAUGCCUACGCAAAGAAGAUAGCGCAUGUAAGAGUAGAAAAAAUUGUGCUCGUUGGGCUAGGCAAGCAACCGAAGGCCGUGAGAGUUGAGGGAGGUAAGGAACUUGAUUGGGAUUAUGCCCCUGGCGUAUCGAGUGGAAAGGAGGGUCAAGCUGGUGUGUUGGUCGUCAAGGAUCCAGCUGUUACUGUCGUGAGCGACUGGACUCUUGUUGUCGAGCUAUGAUGAUGUAGAUUUCCGGCACCGCUGACGCAGUACACCCCAGCUAGGAUGUAGCAGCCACUUUUAAUUAGUAUUGCGUUCUAACAAAUAUACCUUGAAC